CGUCGACUUUGGAAAUGCAAUAAAUGUGACAGGUCUGGGUACGCAUGGCUGGUGGUCAAUAGAUCCGGGUACACAGGGAUCAAACGUUUGGCUGAUUCGUGGCUAUGGCUGGAAGAAUAGAUCAACAUUGAAAGAAUAUGCAAACGAAACAGAACUGAAGAAAAGGAAUCCAACGCGUUCAAUAAAAAAUAUCGCAGGAGUCACAUGUGGCGGAACUGGACACGCAAUCUACAAAGGUCAUUUAUAUUGUAACCGAGCUAAUACAAACAAAGUAGUGAAGAUCGACAUAAACACUGAAACCAUUGUCCAAGAGAGAGUCAUCCAAGAUGCCGGUUCCCAAGAUGAAUAUACAUACGACUGGGGUGGUUUAUCUAACAUUGAUUUCGCCCUUGAUGACAACGAUGUUAUGUAUGUCAUAUACGGAUGUUUUAGUAGAGCUGGAAUUAUGGCAGUGAGCAAACUUGAUAUGGACUCUCUUAGUAUCCUACAAACAUGGUAUACGUCAAUUAGUAAGAAUAAGGUUGGGAAUGCAUUCAUAGUAAAAGGAGUGCUUUAUGUGUUAAACAGCCACAGCAAACCAACUUAUAUAUCUUACUUUGA